AUGCAGACGCAGGCACUUGAAAAUGCUUCAGAAUCAACAUUUGGGCAACCAUUGCCUCCAGCGGAUCCCCAGCAUAUUCAAAGCAGUCAUUAUGGUCAAAAUGCUCCCACAAACAGUGAUGCAACUCGUUCAAGAUCCCGAUCCACCGAUGGCACUGACAACACCGAAGCCAGCCACAGUAAUCCACCGCUAAAUGAGCCGUCGGUGCCCAUUUCUCAGCCGGUCCAAAAUCUUGGAAUGGCGUUGCAGCAUGCCACAUUGGACACUCAGUCAUUCACAAACUUCAAUAAUCCAGAUCUCUUCUCGUUCCAGCCAAAUUCGCUACUCCAGUACCCAAUGCUCUCAUCUUUUGGAAGAAAUCCACAAAUGAAUGCUUUUGAAUCAAAGCCGGACGUUGGUCAGCUGCAGUCGCAGAUGCAGAUGCGCGAGGCGAAGCCGUAUAAAUGCACACAGUGCGUGAAGAGCUUCGCCAACUCGUCCUACCUCUCUCAGCACAUGCGAAUUCAUCUCGGUAUAAAACCAUUUGGACCAUGUCAAUACUGCGGCAAAAAGUUCACACAACUAUCACAUCUACAACAGCAUAUACGGACACAUACUGGCGAGAAACCUUACAAAUGCAAAUACACUGGUUGUGAAAAAGCCUUCUCACAACUCAGCAACCUACAAUCACACUCCAGAUGCCAUCAGACGGACAAGCCGUUCAAGUGCAAUAGUUGCUACAAAUGUUUUUCGGAUGAGCAAAGCUUAUUGGAACACAUACCAAAGCAUAAAGAAUCGAAACAUCUGAAGGUGCACAUCUGUCCAUUCUGUGGAAAAUCGUACACGCAGGCCACCUAUCUACAAAAACACAUGACGAAACAUGCGGAUCGAACGCGAGCAAAUCCACUUGGAGGGUUCCGACCUGACUUUCCCGUGGACCAGCUAGAUCUGAACUCGCCAUGGAACGGUCUUCCGAUGCCUGACAAUUCCCACACCCAGCAGUUUGACAUCAAUCAUUUCGCUAACCAAGCGAUGAUGUCGCAAGCGGUGGCCAAUCAUGGAAAUCCGUACAAUAAUCCGGCUCUACAGAAUAGCGCCUUCACACAGCUUCUGAACUUCCAACGGAACGCCAAUGCCGCCGCCACCGCGGCCGCCCCGCGGUACAAUUUCGAUUACCCGGCCAAUACGAAGGCCAGCGAUCGGCCUGGAUUCAACAUGAUCACGCCGCUCGAGAACAUCCAGCGUUACACCCAGCAAGGCGGCUCGACGGCCAGCACACACCAGCAGUUCUCGUCUAGUAUAAUCAACCAAAUGAAACCGUACUAGUUCGUGUCGCGACUUCCGUAUUCGUCCGUUUAGUUUCAUGUCGUCGUCUGCCGAAUCGAUUAUCGAUUGUCAGACACGAUACCAGGGCCACGCCCCCACCGCGUACAUAAAUAAACACACACAUGGUACCCAGAUCUUUCCCGGACUCCUGGAGUCCAACCACGCGUGAAACGUCAGAGACGGGAUUUCUCAUCACAUACACAAACAUACCCCACCCCAAGCACCCUUCCUAGUUGAGCAUGUAGGUUGACCCACAUGAUAUAAUGCAGUGCUCCAUGCACAUCCUUUGCUCCCCGUCGCCCACAUCCCUACUUCAUCACGGUAUUCGAAUAAUUACGAGAAUUCGCAACGUAUUGUGUGUUGAAUAGGUGACAAGUUUUAUUGUUUUGCGUAGUUAUUGAUUGUUUACACGUUUGUAUUAUGUUUGUUUUUUGGUAAGGCCCGAAUCAGACGAUCUAGACACAAUUGCGUAUCUGUCGGUUUCCUUUUCCUUUGUAAAUCUCUCUCACUCUCAAACACUUUGUCUCAAUUUUGCCAGUAUUUUUUGUAGGAUCGAGUUCGGCCAACCUAAACCGUCGCCUUCUAUGGCGCGGUGAGAUUCGAUAAGCCAGCAGGGUAGCAUCCUCUUCCUCCUCAUUCAUCCCUUCAUCCUAAUCCUCAUCACUCCAUGAUGUGCUUACACACCACAGAAUCGCCUUGACGUCUAUCCACGACAGUGUGUUCGUCUCAUUUGCUCGAAAAUGUACCGUAACUUUGUCAAUGCUUUGCCGCACAACUGCGGAAUCAUCUAGCGUCGCUACCGUUACGUCUUUUUAGCACAUUCCAAGUCAAAUCAUUUUUGGUGAAGAGCAACUGGUAAGUUUUAGAAAAUCAUCCUUUAGACUGGUACGUUUUCGGGCUAAUCUUCUUAUUGUUUGUGUUCCUUCGCUUUAGUGUGUUUUUGAGAUCCCAACUCUCUCUCCCGUCCCCUUUGCGCACGUCCCUACCCCACCCCUUGUGGUCGCCAAGCGAUCCGAACCCCAACAUAGCCAAUCCCAGCAAAAUUUCAAUCUCGACACCCAUUGUGAUUUCGUCUGCUGACGUCAUCAUCUCAUCCCAGUACAACAAAUCCCAGUCCGUCACCUCUUUCUUUCAACAGUUCACAGAGUCUCGGCUGUAUGUACUGUACUAUCUCCUCCAACUAGCUAAUACACUUCCACCAGUACCAGUAACAGUUAGUCAAUCUCGUACUUUCACCGCUAAAGCUACCACUAUGCCCUUCGUGACCCAUCGAACGCUCAGUGUCAAACACUGACUAAACAAACCCCUUUCAACUGAACACUUUCGCGCGCGCCGCAUAAAUUUCGCAGUUUUUCGUCUAGGUUUCUCGCUGUACAGUACCCGCCCCUGAAUUUUCUCUAUCGAUCAUCAUCUGGGUUUUGUCGUCGUGCACACUCAACAUCACAAAUACAGUAUAUUUUUAUAUGUUUCUAGUUGUAUGUAUGCUUUCUGAACAAGUUCUCUUUGUCUCUUUUCUUCAGUUUUGUAAGUCUCGUUUUGUUUACCACCUUGAAUACUGCCCGGUUAAGCGACGCUUCCCCGGUACACCAGAGAUCCGUUGUGUAGAUUUCAUACCCUGUGCAUUGUUCGAGUACAUUUGCUGUUUAAUAAAUAUUUAUAUAAGUC